AUGAUUGUGAUUUUCGGAUCCCUGAAGGGGUUGCUCAAGAUCGAUGAAGUAUGCAUCGAUAACAACAUCUUCCGCCUGCACUACAAGGCUACCAUGAUUUUCCUCAUCGCCUGCUCGCUACUAGUGACUAGCAGGCAGUACAUUGGAGAUCCGAUUGAUUGCAUUGUGGAUGAUGCUGUUCCUGCCAGUGUGAUGGACACGUACUGCUGGAUCCACAGCACUUUCACGAUCCCAAAUCGUCUUGGUGAGAAGGUUGGUGUGAAUGUGCCUCAUCCCGGGGUUGGUCCUGAAGGUGAAGAUGAGAAGAAGUACCACAAGUACUACCAGUGGGUGUGCUUCUUCCUGUUCUUCCAAGCCAUUCUCUUUUACGUUCCCCGCUACCUGUGGAAAACGUGGGAAGGUGGGAAAAUCAAAAUGCUGGUCAUGGAUCUGAACAGUCCAAUUGUUGAGGAAGGGACCAAGGAAUCACGCAAAAAGCUAUUGAUUGAGUAUUUCAAUAACAAUUUGCACAGCCAAAACUUCUACGCACUGCGAUUUUUCCUCUGUGAGGUUCUCAAUUUUGUCAAUGUUAUUGGGCAAAUCUACUUCAUGGACACGUUUUUGGGAGGAGAAUUCACUACUUAUGGUUCAGACGUGCUCAGGUUCCAAGAGCAGGAACCAGAGGAGCGAACGGACCCAAUGUCGAAGGUGUUCCCGAAAGUGACCAAGUGUACCUUCCACACUUAUGGUGUGUCAGGAACUGUGCAAAAAAUUGACGGACUUUGCGUGCUGCCCCUGAACAUUGUCAAUGAGAAGAUCAUGGUGUUCCUGUGGUUCUGGUUCAUCAUCGUUGCUGUGGUUUCUGGACUGGGUCUCUUGUAUCGCAUUGCCAUAGUGUUCACAUCCCAGGUUCGACUGGUGCUUUUGAGAUCCCGAUCAAGGCUCUCUUCGACUGAAGAUAUUGAAUUCAUCAACUCCAAAUGCGAGAUUGGGGACUGGUUUGUUCUCUAUCAGCUUGGCAAGAACAUGGACCCACUGAUCUUCAAAGAGUUCAUUUCUGAUUUGGCGAUGAAGUUGAAUGGAAAAGAACCCUGA